AUGGGCUUGUUCGUUCGCGUCUUCGGCCUUCAGGCUCACACCGCCAAAAACAACAAGACCGCAGUCGACGGCGACGUCGCUGCCAAGCACAGCACCACUCGCUCUGCCCUUCGGAAGCCCUACAAGCAGCCCUGGGUGACUGUGAAGGCCACUUCGCACUCUCAGCCUUUGGCUUGUGUCACCAUGCCUGACUCUCACGACGCGAACAAGACGCGCAAGCACAUCAUUGCAUUCACCGAAGAGAGUCAGAGCGCCCAACACCUGGCUACCACUCCAGGCACAGACGGACAACGACCCGGCGGUGCCAACUCGGCCACCUUUCCCAUCAUUGCGGCUGAUACCCAAGACGCUGACUACUAUCAGUCCAUCGACAUCGCCACCGACAAGAAGACGCAGAUUCACAGCCGCAGCGCGUCUGGCUCGAGCGCCGGCACCUCGUCUUCAGCUGGAAAAAGCAGCACCCGCACCCUGAAGAGGAAGAAGGGCGUCACUGGCCUUUCUGAUCAAUACCAGAUCGACGGCAAUUCCAUCCAAGCCGACAACAAACAGCGUGUCAGGUCCAUCUCCGUGUCCCAGGUCUCAUCCAUCAGCACCAUUCACACAGACACCGACUCAGCUCUUGUCGCCUUCCCCACCUUCAGAUCAGCUGGUCGCCGGGGCACAAGGCUCGAUGGCCUCCUUGAGACCGAAGGAAAGCUCGCGCGAUACAAGGACGUCGAGGAAAUCCAGGCCGACGAGGGCUUCAACACCGCUGUUCUCGACCUCAAAGACUGGGCUCUGACCGGCCACAAGAACGUCAUUGGCUACGAGACGUACUCCAAGCAGAGCGUCAUCCAGGAGAUCUACGAAGAUCUUCCCAAGCCCGAGGGCGAGAACUUCACGACCUCUCCCAAGUCUGCGCGCAACCUGCUCUUCGGAAACUACGAGACGGGACAGUACAAGAUGAUCCGCGCCAGUGACAGCGCGAAGGCCCCUGCGGAGACGAAAAAAUGGUGUUUUGCCACCCUCGGAAGCAGCUUCAUGCGCUUCAUCCAGACCAUUACCAGCGGAGCCGCGCUCCUUGGCGUCUACGAAGCCUCCACUGCCGGGAAGAUAGAUACCAAUACAGAUGAUGGAGAGACCUACGAUUGGGCCGUGUGA